CCUGUUCUAAAGGGAACAGUGCUUUAAAAAUAAUUAGGCUUAACAUUGUUACAGAAACGGCAAAAUGCAAGGUCACGUAACACUGAAAGGAAGUUUCUCUGCUUUAGUAACAUCCUUUCUCUGUAUUAGUCGAAGGGGAACCUCGCAGCUAGGAGAGCGCCAUCGGUUGCAUAAAAACAGGCGCCGUAUGAUGCUGGAGCCCGGCCGAACAGGCGCUUUGGGCGUGUUUCAAAGUGACGUCACCUGCGCGUGUCAUCCGACGCUGCAGCAAUGGAGGAAGUAAGAGUAUUUCCAUUAUCGGGCGUGGUCCAGAACUAUGCUUGGGGAAAAUUAGGAUUCAACAGUGAAGUGGCCAAACUUAUCGCUGGAAGUGACCCUUUGGUGAUGAUUGAAGAUGACAAGCCCUACGCAGAGCUUUGGAUGGGCGCCCACCCUAAAGGAGAUGCCCUCAUCAAGGACAAUCGAAUACGGCAGAAGACACUGAGCCAAUGGAUAGCAGACUAUCCGGGUUGCCUGGGGUCAAAGGUCAAAGACACCUUCCAGGGACAGCUACCUUUCCUGUUUAAGGUUCUAUCAGUGAACACGGCAUUGUCUAUCCAAGCCCAUCCCAAUAGGGAGCUUGCGGCAAAGCUUCACGCCCAGUUUCCUCAGCACUACCCUGACGAUAACCACAAGCCCGAGAUGGCGAUCGCACUGACUCAGUUUGAGGGACUCUGUGGUUUUCGCCCUGUUCAAGAAAUUUUGGGAUUCCUCAAAUCGGUCCCCGAGUUCCACACCCUGGUGGGCCCUGAUGCGGCGGCAGAUCUGAGGUGCAGCGUGGAGGAUGCGGGCCACAUGCAGGCGGCUCUCAGGAAGUGCUUCACGCGCAUGAUGAACUGCGAGAAGAAGGUGUUUGUGGACCAGCUGAACGUGCUGGUGAAGAGAGUUACAGAGGAAGCUGCUGCAGGAAAAGACACCUCAGGCAGUAAUGGUGACCUGUUACUACGGCUACACUCACACUUUCCCGGUGACAUCGGCUGCUUUUCCAUCUACUUUCUGAACCGUGUCACCCUUGAGCCUGGGGAGGCCAUGUUCCUGGGGGCCAAUGAGCCGCACGCCUACUUGUUCGGAGACUGCAUCGAGUGCAUGGCCUGCUCGGACAACACGGUACGCGCCGGCCUGACGCCCAAAUUCAUCGACGUCAGCACCCUCUGCGAGAUGCUCGAUUACAGCCCCGCCCCUCCCAGCGCCAAAAUCUUCUCUCCUGUGCCGGACCCCUCUGACCCCUGUGUCUUCCUCUACGAUCCCCCAGUGCCCGACUUUACCGUCAUGAAGAUACAGGUUCCAGCUGCAACCAAGCAGUACCUGCUGUCUUCACUGGACUGUGUGGGGAUCCUGCUUGUGGUGCGGGGGGAGGCCACUGCCUCGUCGCCCGCCGCCCUUUCUGACCUUCACCUUGGCCGCGGAUCUGUGCUCUUCAUCGCAGCCAACGAGGGCGUGAUCCUGCACAGCCUCUCCCCAUCUGGCUUGACGAUGUUUCGCGCUUGCUGCCUCUUGUAACCCCUCCCCGCUGUCCUGUGUUCGCCUUCAUGCCAGGAUGAAACCAGCAAAAAGCAGGGGCUCUAUGUGAGAUCUUGAACCUUGAUUCAGCUGCUACCGUUCAGUAGACCUUGCAGACGUAUAUAGUAAAACUGUUGAUAAGCACAAUGAAUAAAGGACACCCCCUCCCCCCCCCCCCACACACACACACACACACACACACACACACACACACACACACACACACACACACACACACACACACACAGAUGUGCCAGUAUUCAGAAGGACAAAGUGUUACAAUCCUCAAAGCAUCCUCCCAGAUCGUGAAUGAUUCAGCAGGAAAUAAUUUAUCAUAACGUCUAUUUAUCUAGUUAUUGCUCCAUGAAAAAGUGUUUGUGCAUGAUUUGAAAAUGGGAGUUAACCACCAUAGAAAUGCCUGCUCAUUGCAUAUGCCUGAAUCUUGAAUUAUUAGUGUCAUAUUAAUCCCUUAUUUUACAGUGUCAGCCAUCUCCCUACUGAGAAUUAGAGCUUUCAGUAUUUCAGACUAAUUGAAAAAAAGUUCUCCCAUUAUAAUAAAGAUGAUGGGCUUUAUACCAGUUUUAAUUUUAUCAUCUGGAGUUGCAGAGACCGGUUACAAAUGGUCCUGGUUAAACCGGAAGACAUAUGCAAACCUCCCUUUAACUGGCAAACUUACCGGCAAUAUCACUUUAUCCAAUUACAAGCCCUUGGAGAAGUAUUACAGAAACGCAGGAAGACCAACACUAUCUACAGCGUCCUGAAGUUCCACUUCUACUGAAGCCUCUUUCCUCAGUAUGUUGACCAGAAAGUCAAAUUAAGCUUUGUUUUCGAACAGCCAAGGUUGGAAGACUGUUUGGCACUAUACUGUACCUUGUGUCUUGAGGAUAAUGACCUCCUAUGAGGUUUGAAUGUACUGUUAUUGCAUAAAUAGUCUGAAGUGAUAUCUACUAUUGAGAGAAUGCUUUUUGCACAUGACUGAAUGAGUCUGCAUUUUUAAGUCCAGCAUGGGAUUGUACUUGAGACUGUCAGAAUGUGGAAAAUCUCAAUAAAGGUUUGUUCAGAAGUAACA